AUGACCAAGCGCAUCAUCCCCGUCAACGACUGGGCUCCUGCUCAUGAGGCCAUGAUGGAACCCCCCGCCGAAUCGUCUGCCAUGGGCGCUGCUGCUGCUUCUGAAUCUCAAGCAUCGGCCCCCGGCGUCUUCCGCCCAGAGACCGGCUCUGGGGCGACCACGUACGGCCACAGACACCGUAGCAUGAGUCUGUCGCUUCCUUGGCGACGCCCCAAGUCGUUUGUUUGGGGACAUGAUAGCUCGCAUCAUCUAUCGCGUCACUUUAACGAUCUUGCCAUCGACGAUACGGAAGAGGAGGUGCACGAGUCAGGCCACGGCGCCUCCCAUGGCCACGGUCAUGAACACCACCAUCACUUCCAUACUCCUGGUGCGAUCAAGGGAAUCAUCCGUCGAGCGUCUGUCUCGUUCAACCGCAUGGUUCAUCGUCGACCCUCUGGCGUGGCUGAAGAUGUCCCUGAACACCACUCUGCAAGACCCAUCACAUCUCAUGGACACUCGACCUGGAGCAGACUUCGACAGGCCACUAUCAGACACUCACGAUCCAUCUAUGGACUGGAUCUAAACCAUGAACACGGAUUCCACCAUCAACAGGAGCAUCCCUCUAACCUUCCUAUUCCUGGUUUCCGUGGAGAGCCACCAAUCAUCCCCGAUAACUCGGGAGCUGCUGCAAAGGCUUCAGCUGCUAUGCAGAAUGAGUACUAUGCUCGCCAGAGCCUCUACAGCAUGUGGCUCAACCCUAGCACCAACGAUGAGAGCAACGACCGAGAGAGUGGCAUUGGAAUCACCGUGACUCUGCCUGGCACCGAGGAAGCUGAUGCCGAGUCUGUCAUUAGCAAGAUCGACUUUGUCACCAAGCUUCCUACUGAGCUUGCCAUCCAUAUUCUCGCCUGCCUGGACGCUGCAGCUCUCACCAAGGCCAGCGAGGUCUGCCGCAGCUGGAAGAACAUCAUCAGCAACCAGCACAUCUGGCGUGAGUCCUGUCUCCGUGAGACGACGACCACGUAUGCCACCAGCACUCCCGUCACACCCGGAACUGGCCUCGGUGUCCCGGCAAUUGCACCCACUAAUGAUUGGCGAGAGAUUUAUCGUGUCAAGCAGCAAUUGACUCACAGAUGGAAGGGCGGCAAGGCCAGCCCCGUUUAUCUAAAUGGUCACAAAGAUAGCAUCUAUUGCCUUCAGUUCGAUGAGCACAAAAUCAUUACCGGUUCGCGAGACAAGACGAUCCGUGUCUGGGACAUGCACACUCUGCAGUGCCGUCUCGCUAUUGGGCCUCCCGAGGUCAUCCAUGAGCCUGAUAUGCUCCUGGAUGAGGAAGGCAAUCCUACUCACUUUGCGACCGGCUCAGACAACGAGAGAACGGCACCCUCGAUGCCCACUCUUGCCUCAUUCCCUACCCACCACAAGGCAUCCAUUCUGUGCCUGCAGUACGAUGAUGAGAUCCUGGUGACUGGAUCCUCCGAUUCGACCUGCAUCGUCUACAACGUCAAGGCGGGAUAUCGACCUAUCCGCCAGCUUCGCCGUCACACCGCCGCCGUUCUGGACCUGGCCUUUGACGACAAGCACAUUGUCACCUGCAGCAAGGACUUUAGCAUCUGUGUGUGGGAGCGCGAGACUGGCAACCUUCUGAAACAGCUCCGUGGACACAGUGGGCCUGUCAAUGCAGUGCAGAUGCGGGCAAACACCAUCGUGUCUUGCUCGGGUGACUUCCGCGUCAAGCUGUGGAACAUUGAGACGGGCAAGAAUAUUCGCGAAUUCACGGGUCACACCAAGGGUCUUGCCUGCUCGCAAUUCUCCGAGGACGGUCGGUACAUCGCCUCCGCGGGUAACGACAAGGUGAUUCGCAUCUGGGACGCCAACACGGGCGAGUGCCUGCGGGAGAUGCGCGCUCACGAGAACCUCGUUCGCAGUCUGCACAUUGACAGCGUGAGCGGACGGCUCAUUAGCGGAAGCUACGAUACGGACAUCAAGGUCUGGGACAUGGAGACGGGCCACCAGUUGCUGGACUUUCCUGGAUGGCACGCUAGUUGGGUGCUCAGUGCCAAGAGCGACUACCGCCGUAUCGUGAGCACCGGACAGGAUCCCAAGAUCUUGAUCAUGGACUUUGGCGCCGACGUUGACGGCAUCGAGAUGCUGGAGUGCGGUCAGCCAGUGGAGACUGAUGGAGGCUUCAUCUGA